AUGGAACCAUUCGCGUUCGCAUACCUGGAUGACAUAGUGGUAAUCGGACGCACGAAACGGGAACACCUGGAGAAGCUACAGGAGACGACGAAGCAAGUACACAGCUUCCUUGGGGUGGCCUCCUGGUACAGAAGAUUCGUCCCUAACUUCACUGAACUAGCGCAACCGCUGUACAACCUGGUCAAGAAGGGGACCAAGUUCAAAUGGACCGAGGAGAUAGAAGAGGCGACCAAAAACCUAAAGAAAGCACUAACCGACGCACCGGUACUGGCUUGUCCGGACUUUGGAAGAAUCUUUGUACUUCAGACGGACGCCAACAUCUACCGUCAUGGGCCGCAGACGAGGAUACACAACCGUGGAAGCUAUGCGUGGCAAAGAUCCAAAGAGAACGAGUGCUACGAGAAAACCACAGCGAAGCUACAGCAGGCCACCUAG